AUGGCAGUCAUGUACCAGAUUCAACCCACUUUCAUCACAUUACUCGAUACAAUGUUGAUUACUCUAGAAUGCGUUAUACUUGCGUUGCAAGCGGUUUCUGCAGUUCGACUUGCAUUAGAAUCACCUUUUGAAAGUGCCAGUCAAUCAAACAAUAGACUGUCAAAACGAUCACCCGUUGAAUUGGGUGGUGAUAUCACAAAAUGUUACACAAUUAAAGUCAAUGUUGAUGGAGUUGAUUUGAAUUUACAAGUCGAUUCAACAAUGUCUGAUACAAUCGUACCACUUCCUAGUUCAAGCAGAGAUGUAGGUUUGACUCCGCAACACACUCCAAGUGGGGAACCCGUUACUAUAGAUUACAAAGGCGAUGAGUAUAAUGGGUUUAGUUCCAAUGCAGCUGUGACGAUUCCGGGUACUAGUAUAACUGACAUCAAUUUACCAGUAAUAUCAGUUCAAAAACAAUCACCAGAUCUAGUUGGUAUCAAUCCAAAUCUUGAUGGAAUAUUUGGGUUUGGCUAUACCUCGUUAUCAAAUCAUCACUCACAAACCACUGCAAUGGAUGCUUUGUACAAUGGUGGUGUCAUUCCCAAUAACGAGAUUGGUCUUCAACUAUGUCCGUAUGAAAUGACUUCAAAUAGCUUCAUCAAUAUAGGAAACACGGACGUAACUGCAAAAUGCGGAACGGAUGGAAGGAGUGUUGCAUGGGUAGACUCACCACCAGACGGUCGCCAUACUGUCAACAUCAAGAGUAUACUAGUCAAUGACGAACCAGUGGAUCUGCCCGAGGAAUUCCAAAAAACAAUAAUGGAAAAUGGACUUGCGUUUGCUAUAAAAGCUGGUCCAAAUGACAAUGCAAUUCUUGGUAUUCCAUUUAUGACCCGACUUGGAUUGACAUUUGAUCGAGCACAUACACGCAUUGGGUUUGGUCCUGGAUGUGGAUGCGAAGUCGCGACUAGCAAAUAUCCUACUAUUUCAAACAGUUAUCGAGUGCUCUGGCCAUUACCACAGGUAACAAGGGAGUUUAUCAGUUAUGUUGUUUAA